UCUCUCCCCGCUCCUUCCCGCAAUCCUGGGAGGCACAGAGGAACGCUCCGCUCUUAUCUGCGAGGGGAGGCAGGCUCGGUGGGCAGGGUUUGCGCGAAAGCUGCCGGUUUAUAAGCAGCCGGCAGCGGAGGCAAAGCCGUCUCGGAAGGCACCGAACGGGGCCCCCGCUCCGCUGCGCUCCUCUCCGCUCCUCUCCCUCCGCGAUGCCCCCGGCGCUGGGGCUGCUGCUCUGGCUGAGCCUGGCAGGUGCCCUCCGGCCCGACCUGGAGCCCCCCGAGCAUGACAAAACCGAGCAAGGGGCCGCCUCCUUCGCCAGCGACUACAACACCACGGCCGAGCUCGUCUUCUUCGAGAGCGUCUCUGCCAGCUGGAAUUACAACACCAACCUGACGGCCGAAAACGCCGCUCGGCAGGUCCAGGCAUCACUGGUGGAGCAGAACUUCACGGAGCUGUGGGGGAAGAAAGCCAAGGAGCUCUACAGUGACAAAUGGAAAAACUUCACUGACCCAGAGCUGAGGAAAAUCAUCGGCUCCAUUCAGACCUUGGGACCCUCCAACCUGCCCCUGGAGAGGAGAGAGAAGUACAACACCAUCCUGAGCGACAUGGACAAAAUCUACUCCACRGCCAAGGUGUGCCUGCCCAACAGCACCUGCUGGGACCUGGAGCCAGACCUCUCGGACAUCAUGGCCACCUCCCGYAGCUACAAGAAGCUGCUGUACGCCUGGGAGGGGUGGCACAACGCCGCGGGGAACCCGCUGCGCCCCAAAUACCAGGAGUUCGUGGAGCUGAGCAACGAGGCGUAUUCCAGUGAUGGAUUUGAUGACACAGGCAGCUACUGGCGCUCCUGGUAUGACUCAGAAAACUUCGAGAAGGACCUGGAGGACAUCUACAAGCAACUGGAGCCGCUCUACCUCAACCUGCACGCCUUYGUCCGGAGGAAGCUCUACGAGCGCUAUGGGCCCAAAUACAUCAACCUCAAGGGUCCCAUCCCUGCCCACCUCCUGGGGAACAUGUGGGCUCAGCAGUGGAACAACAUCUACGACCUGAUGAUCCCCUACCCUGAGAAGCCCAACCUGGAUGUCACGAGCACCAUGGUGCAGCAGGGCUGGAACGCCACCAAGAUGUUCCGGGUCUCAGAGGAAUUCUUUACCUCCCUGGGGCUUCUGGAGAUGCCCCGUGAAUUCUGGGAGAAGUCCAUGCUGGAGAAGCCGACGGACGGGCGGGAGGUGGUGUGCCACGCCUCGGCCUGGGAUUUCUACAACCGCAAGGACUUCAGGAUCAAGCAGUGCACCACAGUGACCAUGGAGCAGCUGUUCACGGUGCACCACGAGAUGGGCCACAUCCAGUACUACCUGCAGUACAAGGACCAGCCCGUGUCCUUCCGCGGCGGGGCCAACCCAGGCUUCCACGAGGCCAUCGGCGAUGUCCUGUCCCUCUCGGUCUCCACCCCCAGCCACCUCAAGGAGAUCGGUCUCCUCAGCAAUGCCACUGAGGAUGAAGAGAGUGAUAUCAACUACCUGCUGAAGAUGGCCCUGGAGAAGAUUGCCUUCCUGCCCUUUGGCUACCUCAUCGACCAGUGGCGCUGGAACGUGUUCAGUGGCCGCACGCCCCCAAGCCGUUACAACUACGACUGGUGGCACCUGAGAACCAAAUACCAGGGUAUAUGUGCUCCAGUUCCAAGGAAUGAAAGCAACUUUGACCCUGGAGCAAAGUACCACAUCCCAGGGAACACUCCUUACAUCAGGUACUUCGUGAGCUUCAUCCUCCAGUUCCAGUUCCACAAGGCGCUGUGCCAAGCGGCCAACCACAACGGUCCCCUGCACACCUGUGACAUCUACAGGUCCAAAGAGGCCGGGGACAAGCUCAGGUGGGGACAGAGGAGGGUCAGGACAAUUGCCAUGGGCAGAUACAAAAUAGCAGAUGAGGCACAAGCCAAGGAGUUCCUGUCCGAGUACAACAGCACGGCGGAGGAGGUGUGGAAUGCCUACACCGAGGCAUCCUGGGCCUACAACACCAACAUCACCGAGCACAACAAGAAGAUCAUGCUGGAAAAGAACUUGGCCAUGUCCAAGCACACCUUGGAGUACGGCGUCAGGGCCAGGCAGUUCGACACCUCCGACUUCCAGGACCAAAGUGUCACCCGCAUCCUCAAGAAGCUGAGCAUCAUCGAGAGGGCAGCGCUGCCCCAGGAUGAGCUGGAGGAGUAUAACACCCUCCUCUCAGACAUGGAGACCGUGUACAGCGUGGCCAAGGUGUGCAGAGAGAACAAAACCUGCCACCCCCUGGAUCCUGACCUCACGGACAUMAUGGCCACCUCUCGGGACUAUGACGAGCUGCUCUUUGCCUGGAAGGGCUGGCGGGACGCCUCUGGGAAGAAGCUGAGGGAGAGCUACAAGCGAUACGUGGAGCUGAGCAACAAGGCAGCCGUGCUCAAUGGCUACARAGACAACGGGGCCUACUGGAGAUCCCUGUAUGAGACACCCACCUUCGAGGAAGAUCUGGAGAGGCUGUACGAGCARCUGCAGCCCCUGUACCUCAACCUGCACGCUUACGUGCGCCGAGCSCUCUACAAAAAAUACGGCGCAGAGCACGUGAACCUGAAGGCUCCCAUCCCUGCCCAUCUGCUGGGCAACAUGUGGGCUCAGUCGUGGUCCAACAUUUUCGACCUGGUGAUACCUUUCCCAGAUGCCACCAAGGUGGAUGCCACCCCAGCCAUGAAAAAACAGGGCUGGACGCCCAAGAGAAUGUUUGAAGAGUCCGACCGUUUCUUCACCUCGCUGGGGCUCAUCCCGAUGCCGCAGGAGUUCUGGGACAAGUCCAUGAUCGAGAAGCCGUCGGACGGGCGGGAGGUGGUGUGCCACGCCUCGGCCUGGGAUUUCUACAACCGCAAGGACUUCAGGAUCAAGCAGUGCACCGUGGUGAACAUGGACGACCUCAUCACAGUCCACCACGAGAUGGGCCACGUGCAGUACUUCCUGCAGUACAAGGACCAGCCCGUGUCCUUCCGCGACGGGGCCAACCCAGGGUUCCACGAGGCUGUCGGGGACGUCUUGGCCUUGUCUGUCUCCACCCCCAAACACCUGCACAGCAUCAACCUGCUGGACCAGGUCACGGAAAACGAAGAAAGUGAUAUUAAUUACCUGAUGAGCAUCGCCCUGGACAAAAUCGCCUUCCUGCCCUUCGGGUACCUCAUGGACCAGUGGCGCUGGAAGGUGUUUGACGGGCGGAUCAAGGAGGACGAGUACAACAAGGAAUGGUGGAACCUCAGGAUGAAGUACCAGGGCUUGUGCCCACCAGCAGUGAGGUCUGAAGAGGACUUUGACCCCGGGGCAAAGUUUCACAUCCCUGCCAAUGUCCCCUACAUCAGGUACUUCGUCAGCUUUGUGAUCCAGUUCCAGUUCCACCAGGCACUCUGUGAUGCAGCCGGGCAYAAGGGUGCCCUGCACACCUGUGACAUCUACCAGUCCCAGAAGGCUGGGAAGAUCUUGGGGGAUGCCCUGAAGCUGGGUUUCAGCAAACCGUGGCCUGAGGCCAUGCAGCUCAUCACGGGGCAGCCCAACAUGUCAGCAGAGGCCCUGAUGAGCUACUUCGAGCCACUCAUGAAGUGGCUGGAGAAGGAGAACCAGAAGAACGGAGAGGUCCUGGGCUGGCCCGAGUACAGCUGGACUCCUUACACAGCCACUCCAACCCAAGAGGACUCCGGCAAAACUGAUUUCCUGGGAAUGUCCCUGACCAAAAGCCAAGCCACGGCGGGUGGCUGGGUCCUGCUCGCCCUGGCACUCGUCUUCCUCAUCACCACCAUCUUCCUGGGUAUCAAAUUCUCCUCAGCCAGGAGAAAGUCCUUAAUCUCCAGCUCAGAAAUGGAACUGAAAUAAAGCAGCUGCCAGCGGGCAACAGAGACAGGGUACAAGCGUGGGCACUUGGCCAGGCUGGCAACCAUGCCAUGGGCACACUUUGCCAAGGAAGCCAUGGUUCUYCACAACCCAGGACUCCUCUCUCCUAUCAGGUCAGACAUUCCUUUCCACUAUGCAAGAGCCAAAGCAGAGAAGAGCUAUUUAUUUGUCAAUGUCUGCAUCAGGGGAAAGAGAAAUUCAAGGCUCCGGCAGGCACGGAGCCAUCACGAGCUGCCCUUGUGCCCGGGGCUGGAGCUGGUCCAGUCUGGUCACCCACCAGCCAUUUCUGACCUGUGGGCAAAGCCACAGAGACUCGAGGGAUGGAGGGCAGUCAGGGGAGGGAUGUCUGGAGCAUAUUCCUCCCCCUGGUUUGCCUGCUGCCAGGCUGUUCGCUUGCAUGGAUGAAAAAUAAACCUUUGUCUUGU